AUGUUAUCAGGCUCAACAACGCAAGAUAAGCAGUCUCAGUUACUCUCAGCGUCUCUAUCUACCGAACCUCAUCAUGAAGAUGGCGUCAGCCUCAUACUGGACUGGACCAGAUUUGACAUCCCGAACGCCCCAGAGUUUGUGAAGUGGUUACGCAGUUUCGAUUGGUCUCGCACCAAGAUCGGUCCGAUGGGGGAUUGGAGCGCAGCUGUGCGUCAGACCAUGAUCGCAAUUGUCACGAACCCGAAAGCUCGAUGCGUUUAUUUUGGAUUAGACGACCCAGUCAUGCUCUACAAUGAAGCUUGUUCCAAACUACUAGGACACCGGCACCCCGCAGCUAUGGGUGCUGCAGGGGCGGUUGGGGCAGGCCCCGCUUGGACGCAGAAAUACGAAGGCAUCAAAGAAGUCUGGUCGCUCGGUGUUGCAACGGAAUCCCAUGAUUACUAUCACCCCAUCCCCCGCGGCGGCCUCCCAUUGGAAGAGGCCUAUUUCUCCUGGAGCAUCAUGCCAAUCGUAGACGACAGUGGCCGCAUGGUCGGAGUACAGAAGGAAUUUUGGGAGACGACUACGCAAGUUAUUCAUACCCGAAGAGAGAGAACUAUCGAACAGGCCGAGAAAAUGGUUACGUUCGGAGACACCAUGAGCACAUACUGGACGAAGAUGCGCGCUAUUCUCGAUUCGAGCCCUGAAGACUUCCCCUUUUGCCUCUUGUAUUCAGCUCCACAGGAAUCGCAACCGGUCAGCGCAUCAUCUUUCGAGGAUCUCGUCCCAAAAUUCAUCACGCUCGAGGGUACCGUGGGGCUAGAUACCAAACAUCCCAUAGCUGUGCGACAGAUCAGUCUCACGAAUCCACAGUAUCUUCUAGCCAAGCAUUUCCGGACGGCUUGGAUCAAGGGAAAGCCUGUUGCUUUGAGCGACAAAGACCAUACACUGCCAGAGCGGUUGCGGGUUCCCGUACACGGCCGGGGCCACGGCUCAGCUUGCCGCUCAGCUAUGGCCUGUCCCAUCCGCAGGUUGGACGGUCCCGGCUCCGUAGGCUUCUUGCUCUUCGGAUUGAAUCCACAACGACCAUAUGACGACCCUUACAGAUCCUUCAUCAUGCAAUUGAUGGAUAAGUUCGUCAAAGCUGCAGCCGCCAUUCUUGUCCCCGAGGAACGAGAAAAGCUCAAGCAGCAGUGGCAGAUAGCACGGGAUCAGGAGCGCGUUUUUACCCGACUAGCAGAGUUUGCUUCCGUUGGUCUUGCUAUCUACGAGCCUACUGGGGCCUUGAGGUGGAAAAAUCCAACCUUCAAAGACCUUACGAAUGUACAGGGAGAUACCAGCGUUUCUCGCCCGCAUCACUUGCCCAUACACCCGCAGGACCGCCAAAACUUCGAGAACACACUACUCGCUCUAUCAAAAGAUCCUGAUCGGAAACCGUACUUCCAAUUUCGCGUCCAGACUGACUUGUCCAUUCCUGAGGAAGAGGCCAUUAAGUUACCCGAAAAGUGGCGAUGGCUCCUUGCGCAUGCAUCGGGCGAGCUGGAUGAUCGGCGAGAACUCAUCUGGGUUGGCAUCUACGUGACGGAUGUCACUCCACAUUUGCAGGAGCAGGGGCAGAGGCUGGAGGACGCGCUAGAGACGAAGCGGCAGAGUGAGAACUUUAUCGAUAUGACAUGCCACGAGAUGCGAAAUCCUCUCUCUGCGAUUAUCCAGUCUGCGGACGGCAUCCUGGCUACGUUUGACCUAAAGCCACCAGGUCCGUCUGCUUCAUCAUCCGCUACUGUGAGCGAGAUCCUGGGUUCGCGCAAUGCAAACCUGGACGCAGGCGAACUGCAAGCGAAUAUCAUUGACUCCGCUCAAACGAUCCUACUCUGCGCGCAGCAUCAGAAGAGAAUCGUCGAUGAUAUUCUAACGCUUUCGAAACUGGACUCAAAUCUCCUUCUCAUAGCUCCGGAUCGGGUUCGGCCCACCACGCUUGUUGAAAGGGCCAUUUCUAUGUAUGAUGCAGAGCUGGCUGAUGCCGGGAUUGGGACAUCGUUCACGGUCCACGACUCCUACCACGAGCUGGACAUUGAUCAAGUACUUCUAGACCCAGCCCGCCUUCUCCAGAUCCUCAUCAAUCUCCUGACGAAUGCAAUCAAGUUCACGAGGAAAGAGAACGCGAAACAUAUUAGCGUCGUCCUCGGAGCGUCAAAAACCCCUCCGCUAGCGGAUGCUACAACCGUCUCAUUUAUCCCCCAGCGAGCCUCUCGCCCGGAUGUUCUAGCAGGGCCGGAGUUUGGAAACGGCGAGAUUGUCUAUCUUCAGUUCGACGUUUGCGAUACCGGGAAGGGACUCACUGCGGAGGAGAUGAAGCGCUUAUUCCAGAGGUUUCGGCAAGCUUCUGCGAAGACCUACUCGCAAUACGGAGGCUCUGGCCUGGGACUUUUCAUCUCUCGUGAGCUGACUGAGCUUCAGGGAGGACAGAUUGGGGUAUACUCAGUGCCGGGCCAGGGAAGCACUUUCGCGUUUUACGUCAAAGCUCGUCGACCUGCGCCUUCGGAGGGUCAAGCGCCGCCUGACCGGUCUGGUGACGAAGCUAUAUCCGGGCCGCCCAAGCAUUCGAUACCAGAGUGCGCUGACGCAGCGGCGCUCGACACUGAAGAACCGCGCGCGGAUUCGAUCGCACCGCAAGUCCCCAGCGAUCUACACAUCCUCCUCGUCGAAGACAACCUCAUCAAUCAGAAAGUCACGGCACAGCAGUUACGCAAGAUUGGCUGCACAGUGCAUGUCGCGAACCACGGAGUGGAGUGCCUCGAUUUCUUGGAGAGGUCUUGCUACUGGCGGGAUACCCCGGCCGUGAUUAGCAGUGCCACAGAGACCGCUGCUUCUACGUCGAGCACAACCCAGACCCCGCUAUCGGUCAUCCUCUUGGACCAGGAAAUGCCGGUCAUGGAUGGUCUGACCUGCGUUCGCCGCAUCCGCGAAAUGCAGCGAGAGCGGAAACUAACGGGCCAUGUCCCAGUGAUCGCAUGUACAGGGAAUGCGAGGAGAGAACAAGUGGUAAGCUCAUUGGAAGCGGGAAUGGAUGAAGUUGUGACAAAGCCAUUCCGCAUCAACGAGCUUCUACCCAGGAUGUACGAGCUCGUUCACAAGGUGAGAAACAAGGACCCAGGCCCCAUCGCGACAGAAGCGGCUCCGACAUAUCAAUCUUCUCCAUUGGAUAGCUCAAAAAUUUCUUCAUGAGAUUCGCCAGUGCGUCUUAGACGCGACGAAGCAUUGUAAAUUUUCGGCGACGCCGUCUUCUCGAGAUUGACUGCUUGUGCUUUAGAGCACAUGCUAGUCUCGCUUUCUUAAGCUUUACAUCUACGCUUUCACAUUUCAAGCACGAAAAGCUUUUCUUGAAGGC